UGGAACAGCUUCUUAAUCGUUCGUGAAGUUUUUAGCCGUGCGAUCAGGAUGUGGCGCUUCCCCGCAGCGUGAUUGGACGCGCUGGGGUGCGCGGCGUUCCUCCCUUAUUUGUAACCCAGCAACUGUCCCAGUGAAUGACCGGUUGAGCAAAUCCUAUUAAUGACACCGCUCCUGGCUCCCAGCAGCUCCGAUGGCAACGCUCUCUGGUUUCGCUCGGAUUCAGCAACAUGUUUGCCCCACUAUCGUCUGUUUGACUGAAAUCUGAAAUACACUUCAGGAAACUUAAAGGAUAAACACUCUUAUUAGGGGAGUGUUUUUUCUUCUUCUUCUUCUCUUUCUCUCUCGCUGUGCCCCAGACAUGGAUUCUGACCAUUAUUUUGACGUGCGGAGGGCUGUUGUGCGCAAGCGCGCCGCUCUGCCACCGCCUUCUACCUGAGAGGAGCACACCUGGAUCCAACGAGACGGAAGUUUGGAGAAGUCAGAGAGCGAAUCCUUUUUGUCUUUUUUGGAAAUUUAACUUUUUGUGGGAUUAAAACCGCAAACAGAUGAACUCAAGUUACAGCAGGAUGCCAUAUCCGUGGAUUUUUAAAACUUCCUUAAUGGACUGCCUAGCUUAACCCUCAGUUCAACGACUUGUGCUGGAUCUUCGUACCCAACCAGCCACAGCCGAGAAAGAACGAUGACAGUUUUUCGAAGGGUCCUCCGAAGACCGCUGCACCCCCUUAAACUGGCCAUAGUGACAAUAGUGUUUGUCACAUUUCUGUUUUUUAUACAAUGGGAGGUGGGGGCUCAAAGCCAACAGGAGGACCCCUGGCUGAAGGAGAUGGCGGUGAAGCGCGACAGCAUGCUUGGAAUGGUCAUAGGGGCUGUUAAUAACUUCAAGCAGCAAAAGCCGAAGAUGCAGAUCAAAGCUCCCGUACGGCAGCAGGAUAACCCAGAGGGGGCCUCCUGCCUGCCGGGUCACUACACCGCUGCGGAGCUCAGGCCGGCUCUGGAGAGGCCACCCCAGAAUCCGCUUUCUCCCGGAGCUGCCGGCAAAGCUUUUAACACGGAUUCCCUCAGUCCAGAGGAGCAGAAGGAGAAGGAGAGGGGCGAAGCGAAGCACUGCUUCAACCUUUACGCAAGCGAUCGCAUCUCCCUGAGCCGAGACCUGGGCGCAGACACCAGACCACCAGAAUGCAUCGAGCGAACCUUCAAGCGGUGCCCCCCCUUGCCGACCACCAGCGUGAUUAUUGUGUUCCACAACGAGGCCUGGAGCACUCUGCUGAGGACGGUUUACAGCGUCCUCCACACUUCCCCUGCAAUUCUCCUCAAGGAGAUCAUCCUGGUGGACGACGCCAGCGUGGAUGAUGUGUUGAAGGACGAGCUGGACGAGUAUUUGAAGCAGCUGAGCCUCGUGCGAGUAGUCCGGCAGCGAGAAAGGAAAGGACUGAUAACUGCUCGCCUGCUGGGUGCCUCCGUGGCCACCGGUGACACGCUCACCUUUCUCGACGCCCAUUGUGAAUGCUUUCAUGGAUGGCUGGAGCCUCUGCUGGCAAGGAUCGCAGAGAACUACACCGCUGUAGUGAGUCCCGACAUAACGACGAUUGAUCUCAACACCUUUGAGUUCAUGAAACCCUCCCCCUACGGCCAAAACCACAACCGAGGCAACUUUGACUGGGGUCUCUCUUUUGGCUGGGAAGCUCUUCCAGAUCACGAGAGGCAGAGGAGGAAAGACGAGACGUAUCCCAUAAAGACCCCCACGUUUGCUGGAGGACUUUUUUCAAUCUCGACAGAAUAUUUUUACCACAUUGGAAGCUAUGAUGAAAAAAUGGAAAUCUGGGGUGGUGAGAACAUCGAGAUGUCAUUUAGGGUGUGGCAGUGUGGCGGCCAGCUGGAGAUCAUCCCCUGCUCCAUUGUCGGUCACGUUUUCCGGACCAAAAGUCCGCACACGUUCCCUAAGGGGACGCAGGUGAUUGCUCGGAACCAGGUACGGCUGGCCGAGGUCUGGAUGGACGAGUAUAAGGAGAUCUUCUACCGUCGCAACCAGCAAGCCGCACAAAUGGCUAAGGAUAGAAAUUUUGGUGAUAUUUCCAAACGUAUGGAGCUCCGGGAGCGGCUGCAGUGUAAAAGCUUCUCAUGGUAUUUGCACAACGUUUAUCCAGAAGUUUUCAUGCCUGAUCUGAACCCGCUCCACUUUGGCUCGGUAAAAAAUGUGGGCAAAGACACAUGUCUGGAUGCUGGAGAGAACAACGAUGGUGGGAAACCGCUAAUUAUGUACCCCUGUCAUGGACUUGGUGGAAACCAGUACUUUGAGUACUCCACACGUCUCGAGAUUAGACACAACAUUCAGAAGGAGUUGUGUUUGCAUGGGGAUGGGGCAGCUGUGAAGCUGGAAGACUGCCAGUACAAAGGCAUGAAUACGUUUGUAGGAGCCGGACAAAAAUGGGAGCUGAAGGAUAACCAGUUGCUCUACUUGCCAGGAUUGAACAUGUGUCUGAGCGGCCAACAUGAGAAUCCAUAUUUGGCUCCAUGCAACCCAUCAGACAGAUAUCAGCAUUGGUCCUUUGUAUGAGUGCGCAAACCACUGCUUUGUAUACAUGGAGCAUACAAGGACACGAGCGUCUCAUAAUGUAUGCAGCUUCUUCUUCUUUUUUUUUUUUUUUUUUAGAUUAUAAACCACAUAGAAUUUUAAUUUAUUUUUUAUACAUAAAAAGACUAAAACUAUGCUGCUGCUGGAAAGUCUGGUCUCUGGAAGAAUCCAUCAUGUGCCACUGCUACAAGAAUCUAUGCAAUUCUUAUAGCAAGGAACCCGCACAUUAGACAAGUGCCUUUUUAUUUUUUAUUUUUUUUAUAUAUAUCUUCAAAACCAAAACACACAUUGAAGCCAGCAUAUACUUGAGCAGGAUACUUGUGUGAAUUUGAGUGUGCAUUAAAAACAGAACAGUCAAAGUGGUGAUGUAAAGAUCCUAGCAGAGAGACGGUAUAAACAAGAAAUGCCCCUUUAGAACCAAGUUCCUUGGAUCUCAGUAUUUUCAGUUUUUUAAAAUAAGAAAUUGGUAAUAGUUGGGUAAUUUUGGGGCUUUAGAUUCAAGGUAUAGUAACUUUUUUUUUUUUACGUACUACUUUUAUAAUGUUAGAAGGCUGUAGGAAGACGGCUUGAUUUGUUGCCAGUCUGAGUGUGAAGGUGUUUAGAUAUUAAGGCAGAAUUUACCGUGCCUGAAAACUGAAACGUUCACUUGUAAACACAAAAACGGUUGAGGAUCAUGAGUGAUUGAGAUUUAUUUUUAAAGUUGCCUAAUUAUGUCCAUUAUUUGAGGGUUUAUGCUUUUGGUAUUUAUGAAGGGGAACUCUCAGUUUAACAUAAGGAACUCCAUUUUCUUAAUAAUUAAAUGCCUCAAACCUUCUCUGUAUGUGCGUCUUUGCAGAAGUGAACCUAUGAAUUCUGGUGCAGGCACUGGUCUUUCGACGGUGCUUUGGAGAAUGUGCUUACUUUUCUGGAAUGGGAAAUAUUUUGUGUUCACAGUGCCACAGUGUGAAGGUGUUACUCGGAGCUCAUUGAAUUCUGUUCUAUUAAACCCAACUUCGCUGAUACUUCUCCUCUCUGGUCGGCAGAGGGCGCUUGCGCACAUUGAAAUGACAAGCCUCCACAGCAAAGUCACUGCGCAUUCAAAGCGUUUCAGAACGUCACCCAUUUUAUCAAAUUUAUUCAAAAACAUGUUAAAAUGCAACAAAUGAAAAUCAGGCUUUAUGUACAGUUGGAAACAUAACUUACAUAAAUGUGCAAAUCCUAUGCAUUUCACCAAAUAUGAAAGAAAGAAACCAGGCACAUGUAGCUUUACAAUUCACGUCAACUUGCAUUAAACAAAAGACAGUUUUAACAUAUCAAGUUACUGAAUACAGACUUUUAGUAAACCACAGUAAAUACAGUUUUCAAUGCUCAUUUGUAAUAAAUACUGAAAAUUAAAACAUGUGAUUCCUAAGCGGGUGCAACAUCUUUGUAAGGAGCUCUCUGACUUACACUGUACACUUUGGCACAAUUUCUAUGUAUUAUAGGUUUGUGUCAAUGGAACUGAUAGCUUGAAAUUGAUUUGCUGACUUGCUGCUAAAUAAAAUAUUGCAUGGGAGAUCCCAGCUAAUGAACAAAUGCACAGAAAUGGUAAAGAUUUGCCGUUGAACUCUGAUUACAGUAACGUUGAAUGUAUAUGAAAGCUUGAAAGUAAAGCCAAGUCCUGUAUUCAUGCAAGAGCAGGGAGUAAAGAACUGCAUUGGUGCUUUUCCAUAAAAUUGGGUUCUACUGAAUGUUUGAACUGUUCGAUUUGUAUUCUGUCAGUUAACGUUUAGAUAUGUCACUAUUUACACAUUUUAAAUGAGCAGGUUUUUGUAUCUGGCUGAUUCAGCAGUUUGUUUAUACACUUUGUAAGAUUAAUCCUAUCUGAAAUAUCUUUGUCAACUCUGAACAACCGUUUACCAAAAGAACAGCUACUUUUUUUCAAUAAAAUGUUAUGCUUCAGCUAAAAAUUAAGCAGAACUGUUAAGAUAUUUUCAACUUUAUUAAGAACUUCAAAAAGAAAAGGCUAAUUAUGCCUAAUGAACCUUCUUUAGUCAGAUAUUCCUAUUGGAGCAGUACAAAAGUGAUCUUACUUUUCAAUUGUAAGGUGUAACACACCAAGGCAGAAAAAUUAAAAACAUUGCAAAGCUAAAAAAUAAAUCAGCCUUUGCUUUGGUUUUUAAAGCCGAUCAGCACUGAAAGAGGAAUCACUUUCACAAAUGGAUGUAGUGUCUCCGGCGGCUUGAAACCUGUCACCCACUGUGGCUGUUGACAGAAAAGAGAUUUUGUCGAAUAAAAAAA